AGCUCCUUGUCUAUCCGACUUUCCUAGCCCUAUGCGAUUGCUUUGGCUGGGCGCUCUGGUGGCCAUUGUCGUGGCGGCCAUUUGGCGCGGGGAUUUGCUAUGGAACGGUGGAAGGAGCCUUCCUUUGCUGAACUUUUGGCGCUCGAAAGGCUUCAGCCUUGAGCAGAUGCCAGACCUCACGGGAAAGGUGGCGUUGGUGACUGGUGCCUCCACAGGCCUUGGCCGCGAGGUCGCAAGACAGUUGAGCCGCGCCAACGCCACUGUCUUCGUGGCCUGUCGCGAGGUCUCCCGUUGCUCGGACUUCGCCAACGUGGUCCGCUUGGACCUCGCAGACUUGCAGCAGACUGCAGAGGCCGCUAAGGAGCUGAAGCGGCGGCUACCGGCGUUGCACAUCUUGGCAUUUUGGCUGAUUCCUCCAACCUACUAGCGAUGGCCUCCAACCUAUUGGGCAGAGAAAGAAGCAACAGGAGAAAUGCAGAUGCAUUGAACACGCCAAUAA